UCCAUUGACCAAAGGUCUAGUUCGUUCCCAAUUCCGCCACCAUUUCCGCUUGAUCCUCCCAAAAUUAUCCGAUCCGCCUCCGCUGCCUCUGCAACGCGGCCGAUCUUUUAGGGAUCGGAUGAAUUCCGGCUCAUCCUUUUAACUUGAACGAUUUCAGGUUCUCGUGUUCUAAUCUUUGUUUUGUAUUUGCACGUUACGAUUUUUUUUCCUCCUCUGCUCCGUUUUCUUCCCUUCUUGGCUCGCAAAUCUGAGGUUUUGUUAGACCCUACGCUAAUUAGGUUUCGAAGAGCAUUUCAAUAUGCCUUCGGUGCCUAUUGAUCUCCUCCUUGGCUCUCUGCUUCCUUCUUUGACUUCUUUCCAUGGUGGUUCCUCGUCGCAUCGUCUGAAGCGGCUUGAAAAGGGUGAUCGGCGUGGUAAUCUUAGUUAACACGGUGUUCUUUUAGCGCAUUUCGUUCUCUAUUCGUAUUUUCAGUCUUCUAUUUUCUCCUUCUUUUGUCCGUUCGACGUUUUUGGAAUUCCUAGAGAAAUUACACUCGUAAGGUGUAGGAGUUUCUUUUUUGAUCUUGAGAUCUUUAGGCGGAAGCCUCUGAAAUCGAGUUCCUGGGAAUUUGGCUCCAAGUUAGGAGGGUUUUUGCAAUCCUGAUUCUUGUGCAAGGUUCUAGCAGAUUGGUUGUGCACUACAUAAGCCUGAAUGGACAUUUCUUCCAUUCAUCAGAAGUUGGCUCUCCUGGACGUAGACGAUUUGGAUGAUCUGCAAUCAUCUUUGAGAGAAAUUGAUGCUGCAUUGUUUAAUGAUCGUGACGAAACUUCUAAGAAAUCUCCGAGCAUUGAAGAUACUAAAAGUACAGAGUGCGAUGAUAAUUCAAAUGAUAGAAACAAAUUAAAAGAGAUUGAACCUCCCGAGAACAACUCAUCUAAGAAGUGGUUAGGCAAAUCCAAGUCCUUUCCUCUUCCUCCUGCAACAUCCUCUCUUAAUGAUUCUGCAGACAAUGAUAAGAAACCACAAACAGCAGUGGGUGAUGCGUCCUCUAAUGAGUCUAUGCAUCAAGCCUUUGCACGAUCCAUAUCUUUACCAUCGUCUGUGAAGCUGGUCUCUGCAAUGAAAGGUAGCCGAGCACAACAUCUCGGUCUGUCUCCGAAGCUGUCUGUGAAAUGGGCUCCUGAUGUGUACGAUCCGCCACAGACAUCUUUGUCCCAUUGUGUCAAAAACAACAAGAAACAGCAGAAAUCUAAGAACAGGAAGAAUGGAAAGAAAGGGCAGAAGGGCAGUAGCAGCAACUCUUCUUCGCGUGGAAGGGACAAAAGGCAGGCUCGUAAAGCUGUUAGUAGUUCUGAUCGGUAUCAAAGAUCGUUCGACUCUCACGUAAGUUUGGUUAGUACUCUCAACGGUACUCUCAACGAUUUCGAUGGGUUCGAUGAUGGGAGCUCAGACUCUCAUUGUGGAAGCAUCUUCCUGAAAACAUCGGUCACCAAGCUGCACCACUAUGUUGCUGAAGCCUUGUGAGCGUUACUCGUCCCAAGUUUUCACUCUCUCUCAACAGUUUCUGUAAAUAAAUAAUAAUAAUAAUAAUAAUGUUGUUUUGGGUUCUUUUGUGAUUGUUUGACCUUAACUCGUUUGGUGUGCGUUCUUAUGAGGAUUUAAUAGACUGGUUGUGAUAUCGUUGAAACUUCAUUCAUAUGAUAUGUUACUGCCUAUGUAAAUGUUA